AGACGAAGAGAAAGAAAUAAAAGCAUAAAAGAAUGUGUAUCUGUAUAUAAAACACACAGCCAUCUCUACAUCUGUCGACAGAAAUCGAAAGCAAUAAAUAAAUAAAUAAAAUCAGGGGCAGAUAAUUUUAGCGCCAAAUAGAAAUAUCUCCCGCAAACUUUUAUCGCUCCUCAGCUGUGACUUGUUUACUACUCUUUGGUUUUUGUUGCUGUUGAGGAACCAAAAUGGAAUCGGUUGGCUUGGAGAUGGAUGAUAUCUUUGGAUCUACUGAGGAGCAAGGAGCUGAAAAUGAGGACAUAGGAGCUUUACAGAAUAAUGAGGAGGAAGAGGCUGCUGAUGCAGAAGAUGAAAAUACUUUUAAUGCCAACAUUAACAAGAAACUUGCAAAAGGUGCCACGAAGAAAGUCGUUCGAAAUCCUCAACCGAAGCUGAACGAUGCCAGACUGAGUGGUGAAAGAGGAAUUGCAAUAUUACCAAAACUCUUUAAGGAUGUGACAUUCAAAGGAAACGGUCACGAGGCAAAAGAUCUUGACAAAAUUCUGAAGAUUUUGGAACACUGGGCUCACAGACUUUUUCCACAGAUGAAGUUUUCUGAUUGUCUUCAGCGUAUUGAGAAAAUUGGGUCUAAAAAAAGUGUUCAGUCAUGUAUUAAACGCAUCCGACUUGACAUGCCAGUGCUGGAUGAUGACUUUGUCUCAAACCAAGUCGAUGAUGAGGAUGAAGACGGUAACCCAAACAAUACUACAAAUGCGGUGCAAAUGGAUGAAGUAACGGCUGCUGAAGCUGCAUGGGAUGAAAUGAUGCGAUCUCCAAACAACAACAACAACAACAACAGUGUGUCCAGUACAUCGUAUCUUACAUCUCCUCCUUCGGGCUUUUCUACUCCAUCAACCACCAACCGUCCACCAUCACAAGUUACUGUUCUUUCUGCAGAAAUGAAAGAAAAGAUUGCCAAGAAUAAACAACUUGCUCUAGAAAAAAGGGCUGCUAGAUUAGCUGCUAACCAGAACACUCCCCAAAGGCAGAAUACUUCCCAAAAUGAGGAGAUUACAGCUGGCAGCCAGAAAACUUCCAACAACCAAGAUUCUUCUUUCACUGGGACACCUACACCAUCUGACCAUUCUUUGGCAAACCCAGACAAUCAAGACCAUCUCCAAGAAGUUUCCCCAAGGAAAACACUCUCUCAAGAAGAUGGUGACAGUUUCAAAAAGACAAAUUGUGGUCUUAAUGGCAAAACAGAACAAACACCUGGAUCGGUUGGAAAUUCCUCAAAUGAAUCAGAUGAAAGUUUAGUUGGGACUGACAGAAUAGUUGAUGAUAACAGAACUGAAAUUUAUUCUUCAUCGAACUUGAAUCAGUCAACUGUGAAAGAGAGUGAUGUGUGUCAGAGUGUGGCAGACAUGGAUCAAUCAACUGUGAAAGAGAAUGAUGUGUGUCAGGGUGUAACAGACAUGGAUCAGUCAACUGUGAAAGAGAAUGAUGUGUGUCAGGGUGUGACAAACAUGGAUCAGUCAACUGUGAAAGAGAAUGAUGUGUGUCAGAGUGUGACAGACAUGGAUCAGUCAACUGUGAAAGAGAAUGAUGUGCAUCAGGAUGUGACUGACAUGGAUCAGUCAACUGUGAAAGAAAAUGAUGUGCGUCAGGGUGUGAAAAAUAUGGAUCAGUCAACUGUGAAAGAAAAUGUGUGUCUGGGUGUGACAGACAUGGAUCAGUCAGCUGUGAAAGAGAAUGAUGUGCAUCAAAGUGUGACAGACAUGGAUCAGUCAGCUGUGAAAGAGAAUGAUGUGCAACAGAGUGUGACAGACAUGCAUCGAUCAACUGUGAAAGAGAAUGAUGUGUGUCAGGGUGUGACAGACAUGGAUCAUUCAACUGUGACAGAGAAUGAUGUGCAUCAAAGUGUGACAGACAUGGAUCAGUCACCUGUGAAAGAGAACAAUGUACUUCAGGGUGUGACAGACACACAUCAGUCACCUGUGAAAGAGAAUGAUGUGUGUCUGAGGGACAAAUGCUGACAGUAAGAAAGCUGGCUAACUCAGAUGAAUCUGUACAAACUGAAUCCCACCAUCUUUCCAUCUCGUUGCCUUGUCUCAAUAUUAAAUCUCCAUUAGAAUUCCUCUGCAGAAACAGAAAAACAAUUUUAAUCCUUUUGUUACCAAAUUCCUGUUUUUUUUUUUUUUUUUUUUUGUUAACGAAGAAUGUCAUUAAGUUGAUGUUUUGAACAUAAAUGGACAUAAAGUUUUGA